AUGGGCCGCGAGUGUGUUGCGGAAAAAAGCCCGUCCAUCUUUAAAGGCCCCCAGGCGAGUCAAGCGGGAGAGCUCUUCGAACUGGCCGUCCAGGUCUUGGGUAACGGGGAGCUCAAGAUGGACUGUGGUGUUGGACUGUUGGUGGUUGAAGACCGUCUGUUGCGAGUGAAUCGUGGCUUGUCUGGGUCCGCUGGGGAGAAGUCCAAAGGUGGCAGCAGUGGUAGCUCCGGCGACGGAGGUGCAGGCGACUGUGGUACCGGCGACUGUGGUGCCGGCGACGGAGGUGCCGGCGACGGAGGUGCCAGUGACGGCAACGGCGACGGCGCAGUCCGUUGGGCUUCUGCUAGCCUGCCGCUGUGA